CUCCAAAUUACUCUGAAAAAUUCGGUUUAUUUACUUGGUCACAUUUCGAAUUCUCCCUACGCUACUACGUAAUGCCCGCACAGCUGGUUUGGUGUUAAGCGGUCGUACUCCGCGUCUGGCUACAUAAAAGAUAGCAACAAAGUAGUACCCCUCUUUCACCUCUAUUAUACGUACUAUUGCUGUAGAAUGUAUUAAUUUAGGGUGUUUUUUACUCAUAAAACACAUUUUUAAAUAAGUAAGGAAAGUUUUCAUGGUUACUUUAGGUUGUUUUGAGUGGGUGCAAAGAGUUAUUUUUCAUUGACCUGUCUGCGCGGAUGAAUACGGCGUGUGUGUCUGCGAAACACUUGGGGCUGGCUCCUUUCCCGCCAAUCAAAGCAUAACAUACACACAGUGAGUUGCAGUGCGUUCUUGAUUGUGGUUCGGUCUCGGGCCGUUUUGUUGUUUUUUUUUUAUUUAUUGUUUUUAGUGCCGUGAUAAUGUUUCCGUUGUGAUACCAGUGUUUUGUUUGCUGUUUUUGUGUCUCCUUUUUCCGGGAAAUCCUUCUAGAUGUGAAAUAAUGUCCACGCUAAGUCGAAGUGAAUCGAAACUGCAGUUUGAUGAUCUCCAACCUUACGACCAAGAGGAUAACAUCGGUGGAUAUUGCAGCUUGAGCAGCGAGCAUGCGGAUUCGCCGGGCGGGAACUCGAUGCUGCGGGGCGGCGGCGGCGGGGGAGGGGGCGGUGGCGGGGAUCAGGAAAAGCGGAUCCGACGCGAAAUCGCCAACUCGAACGAGCGGCGGCGAAUGCAGAGCAUCAACGCCGGCUUCCAGUCCCUGCGCACCCUUCUGCCUCACCAUGAAGGCGAGAAGCUAAGCAAAGUAAGUCACCAAACACUCGUACCUCUACCUCUUCGUUUUUCACACUUUGAUCAUUCAGAAUCACCCCUGUAACACUUAAAACAACUAAAAUCACAAGAAAAACGAGUGACCAAGGCUCAAAACAAAUAAACGUAGAGCCUGGGACGUGUCGGGAAGGGUUUCAACUCCCUCCUCAACUGGGAAACAGAAAUGUUUAAUAAAGU